CUGCGAGGCGUGUGCUGGCGCUGCUACUAGAGGUGAGCGGUAGGCGCCGGGCGCCUUGUCGGGGUUUUACGGCGCAGCGGGCAGAGCUGCAGCGCUGGGAGCCCUGCCCGCCCGCUCUGCCCGCACGCAGCCCCAAUGUCAAGAGGAGACACGUGUACCCCCAGGACGAUGAAGUUGUACCAGAAGCUGAGGACAGCAGUGCCGCGGCUGGUGGUGAGCCAGGAGGAGGAUGAGCAGGAGGAAGAGGAUGUGGACGCCCCGACACCCACCGGCCACAGCAGGCUGGCCCCGUGGUGGGUGGGCAGCGGGCUUCUGCUGACUGCCAUGCUGCUGAGCACCGUCACCGUCUGGGUGCUGCGACAAGUGUCUGGGGGCUGGCACGGCCUCGCGCCACCCUCCCAGUGCCACCAGGUCCCGGAGAGCCACCGCUUCGACUGCUACCCGGAGCGGCACGUGGUGGUGACCCAGGAGCUCUGCGAGGGCCGGGGGUGCUGCUUCAUCGAGACCCCCCUGGCAGCGGGGGGCGAGAGGGGGGUGCCCUGGUGCUUCUACCCCCCCGACUUCCCCAGCUACACCCUGCAGAGCCUCAACCAGACAGCGCUGGGCAUGGUGGGGCUGCUGGUGCGCAGGGAGAAGGCUUAUUACCCCCGGGACAUCGAGGUGCUGCGGCUGGAUGUGGAGCUGGAGACGGACACGCGGCUGCACGUCAAGAUAACCGAUGCGGCCAACCCUCGGUACGAAGUUCCUCUGGAGGUUCCACGGGCAGAGAAGAGAGCAGAAAACCCCAUCUACAGCCUGGACUUCUCCAAGGACCCCUUUGGGCUGCUGCUGCGGCGCCGAGACACAGGGACGGUGCUGCUCAACACCACCGUGGCCCCCUUGAUCUUUGCUGACCAGUUCCUGCAGAUCUCCACGGCGCUGCCCUCCCGGUUCCUGUACGGGCUGGGGGAGCACCGCAGCACCCUGCUGCACAGCCUGGACUGGAGCACCCUCACCCUCUGGGCCCGCGACGUCUCCCCCACGGAAUUGUUCAACCUGUAUGGCGCUCACCCCUUCUACCUGCUGCUGGAGGAGGGCGGGGAUGCUCACGGGGUUUUCCUCCUCAACAGCAACGCCAUGGAGGUGGCCCUGCAGCCCGCUCCGGCCCUGACCUGGAGGACCAUUGGGGGGGUGCUGGAUUUUUACAUCUUCCUGGGGCCUGACCCCAACACGGUCAUCCAGCAGUACCAGGAGGUGAUAGGUUUCCCAGCCAUGCCGCCCCUCUGGGCGCUCGGCUUCCACCUCUGCCGCUGGGGCUAUGGCUCCAGCAAUGAGACCUGGCAGACCGUGAGGGCCAUGAGGAACUUCCAGAUCCCACAGGAUGCACAGUGGAACGACAUCGAUUACAUGGAUGGGUACCGCGACUUCACCUUCGAUCCCCAGAAAUUCGCCUCUCUCCCCUCGCUGGUGGAGGAUCUCCACAAGCACGGGCAGCACUACGUUAUGAUCUUGGACCCUGGCAUCAGCAGCACCAGCCCGCGGGGCUCCUACUGGCCUUUCGAUGAAGGCUUGAGACGGGGUUUGUUCAUAAACACCACGCAAGGGCAGCCGCUGAUUGGGCAGGUCUGGCCCGGCUACACGGCCUUCGCCGACUUCUCCAACGUGGACACGCGCCAGUGGUGGCUGGAGAACCUGCAGCGCUUCCAUGCCCACGUGCCCUUUGACGGCAUCUGGAUCGACAUGAACGAGCCGUCCAACUUCAUGGAUGGGUCUGAGGAGGGCUGCCCACCAGGAGAGCUCGACAGCCCCCCAUACACGCCGGCCGUGCUGGGCGAUUCCCUGUCUGCCAAGACGGUGUGUGCCUCGGCGAAGCAGAGCACCUCAGUGCACUACAACCUGCACAACCUCUACGGGCUGAUGGAGGCCGAAGCGACGGCGAGUGCCUUGAUCCAGAUCCGGGGGAAGCGCCCCUUUGUCAUCUCCCGCUCCACCUUCCCCAGCCAGGGCCGGUACUCGGGGCACUGGCUGGGCGACAACCGCAGCCAGUGGAAGGACAUGUAUUACUCCAUCCCAGGGAUGCUGAGCUUCAGCCUCUUCGGGAUCCCAUUGGUGGGGGCCGACAUCUGUGGCUUCUCAGGCAGCACCUCGGAGGAGCUGUGCACUCGCUGGAUGCAGCUCGGGGCCUUCUACCCCUUCUCCCGCAACCACAACUCCCAGAAUGAGAAGGCCCAGGACCCGACGGCGUUCAGCCCCGCGGCGAGGACAGCUAUGAAGGACGUGCUGCUGACCCGCUACUCCCUCCUGCCCUUCCUCUACACACUUUUCCACCAUGCCCACCUGCACGGGGAAACCGUUGCCCGGCCCUUGUUCUUUGAGUUCCCUCGGGACACGGCCACGUACGGGCUGGACAGGCAGUUCCUGUGGGGCCGCAGCCUGCUGGUGACACCGGUACUGGAGCCCGGGGUGGACUCGGUGAUGGGUUAUUUCCCCCGAGGCGUGUGGUACGACUUCUACACGGGCUCCUCCGUGAACAGCAGCGGGGAGAUGCUGAAGCUGUCGGCCCCCCUGGAGCACCUCAACCUACAUCUCCGUGAGGGCUCCAUCCUGCCCACCCAGAAACCCGGGCCCACCAGCGAGGCCAGCCGAGGGAAUCCCCUGCGCCUCAUCGUGGCCCUGUCCCCAGGUGCCACCGCCUGGGGAGACCUCUUCUGGGAUGACGGCGAGAGCCUGGACACCUUUGAGCGGGGCAGUUACUCGUACCUGGUGUUCAACGCCACGGAGAACGUCCUCACCUCCAGCGUCCUCCACACCAGCACCGAGGCCACCUCUGCCACCAUCGGCACCCUGAGCAUCUAUGGGGUGCGGGAGCCGCCCCACAAGGUCCUCCUGAACGGCCAGGAGAAGCCCUUCUCCUACCUGGACAACCAGGUCCUCACCGUGAGCGGGCUGGGCCUGGGGCUCGACCAGGCCUUCUCCCUGCAGUGGCUGUGACGGGGGGGGGCUGGGGCUGUCCCCACCCCACCGAGACCACCCGUCCGUGGCCGUGCUCCCAAGGCCAGGAUGGGAUGUGGAUGUUGCUGUGUGGAGGCGUUGAGGACUGUCACCUGCUGCCGCGGAUGGGGACGGGGGACACUGGGAGGGGGAUGUGGGGGGGAUGGCUGCUGGGUGCCCCUGUGCCAUGAUGUUGCUGUGAGGUGAGGGCUGGUGGCCCCGUCCGCAAUAAAGGAGUGAGGAGA